AUGGAGUUGUUGGUGGCUGUGGCGUUUCAUAAUCAAACCUGCUAUAUACCCAGAAUUACCCCGGCCAGCUCAGUAUUUCAUCCCAUAUGUUGGCAAUCUUUUCGCUAUGAUGAAGAGUUCCCACGGGCUGUACUCAAAGACAGUGUAUGUAGCACUGGUAACGUGAUCGCGGACAGAGCAGCUGCUAACCCGAGCUACAGAUCUCGCCGCAAAGACAGCUCGAUUUUCUCCAUCACCGUCAUGGGUGAUGAGCUGUACAUUGCGACAUCCCCGGCCGAUGUAACCGCAAUCUUAAAGGAGACAAAGAGUCUCACAUUCGAUCCUAUCAUCCGUCUUAUCUUGGGGGAGUUCGGUAUGGCAAAAGAGUCGCUUGAUGCUCUGUUCGAACCCCGGCAAAAAUACAAUAACAGGAAUUGGAUGGACCGCCAGCACGAUAUCUUUCGGUCCCAGAUGCAUCCAACCAGCGAUAAAGGCGAAGCCUUGUCAACCAGGAUACUUCGAAACAUCGAUCAGUCCAUGCAAUCAUCGCUUUUGAACGACGCUAGGCUGUUGCCACUUGUGCGAACAGGAGAAAAGGCCGUGUCACUCUGGAAAUUAUGUUCUCAUGUUCUGGUCGAUGCUUCAACCCGGGCUUUCUGGGGAGAUAGUCUCGUUCAUAUCGCACCGGACUUUGUCGACAACUACCUGGCCUUUGAUGCGGCAUACUGGAAGAGGGAUAAGUCCAAGAAAGAUGCCAACAGUUGCCGUCAAAAGAAUCUCAUAGCACUUGAGAAAUGGUUGAGAUCUCCCAAAGCAGAGAGGAGCGAUGCUUCUUGGCUGGUAAAGAGCCUGGAGCAGGAUUACCACGCCAUGGGAAUAACGGACAAUGCCCAAAUCGCGGCCCAGUACUUUCUCUACCACGAGGUUAUCAACGCCAACGCAUUCAAGAGCUGCUUCUGGCUUCUAGCUCAUGUCAUUUUCGACAAGAAGCUGCGGGCGGAUUUGGAAGAGGAGAUGCUGCCUGCCGUCCAACGCCAUGACCAACAGAUCGAGAUUGACAUACACUAUCUCCUCAACGAGUGUCACCUUUUGGGAUCUGUAUACGAAGAGACUCUCCGCCUGUGCAGCGAUCCAACAGGCAUUCGACAAGUUGUUCAAGAGACAAAGAUUGGGCGUAAGACGGUGUAUCCGGGCCACAAAUUGCUCAUGCCUUACCGACAGAUGCACCUGGACGACAUGGCCUUUGGAGCGUCCACUGGUCAGUUCAUGGCGACUCGGUUUCUCAACAACAAGCUCCUCUCAAAAGCAGAAAACUUUCGACCCUUUGGAGGCGGAAACGGCCACUGUCCUGGACGGUUCUUGGCUCGUCGCGAGGUAUACAUGCUUGCUGCACUUUUACUUUUCCGGUUUGAAGUUGAUCUGUCCCCGGGUUCUGAAAUGCCGGUCAUUGAUGAGAAAGCACCGACUGGAGGGAUCCUCAGACCAGUGGCCGGGCACGAUGUACUACUUGAUAUCAAGUUGUAG